AUAAAAGGCAAAUAAGGGGAGGCUUACAAAAUACCUGUCAAUAGAAAGUUUUUAAUCGCUUGGCGUCUGCUUGGGACCGAUCAAGGAGACUAUUUGUAUAAGUAUUCUGUUUACCAUAAACCUAAAGUGACCGCUUUUGUGUGUACGUUCAAGUCGAAGAAAACGUUUCGCGACCCGAGAAUCUGGCUUUGUCUGCUUCUUAUUUCCGUCGCAAGCAAAGAUUUUCCCUGAGCCGUGGGUAAAUAUAGCAAGUCUGUAUUUGCGAAUUGCAACUCGAAAGGAUUUCAUUUUUGCGGUUGGGGGUGUAAUUUCGAAAUCGGCUACGAAACUGCGAGACUUUAGGGGGAUUUUGAUCAAAUUAUUGAAGUGGCAAGGGAUUCGGCAAGAGCUUGGUUUUAGCAUCCACGACGAUUUUGGAGUUGAAGUUCAGUAAUUAACCACGACAAGAUUUGUGUUCGAUUAAACAGCAUUAUUAUUAAAUGUUGCCGCCACUUCGUUCGGUUACAUAGCUUCGACUAAUUGUUCUAAAACGAAAUGAGGAACAAUUCGAACGCGUUUUGAGAAUAGUUGAUAUUUGUGGUCAUUGAAGACACAGCGGGCAUUGUACGGAACAGAAGGCAAAAGUAUUAAUUUAACUUGCUAUGGACGUUGAGGAUUCACCAGCAAAAUUACGAAGGCCAACAGGCUCUACAUUGUUACGAAUGAUUAAAAAACAAGCACAGAAAAGUCCGUCGAGUUUAAGUCGGCAUGCGAGUUUAAACGAACACGGUAAUAGUAACAAACGACGCUCGACAAUUGUACGGGCGGACUCGUUCAAAAAAGCGCUUCAUGUUGCUGUCGAUGACAACAAUUCGGGCACUUUGAAACCGGCAAAAACACAAAAUCGUGACGUCGAAGAAUUCGAAAGAUAUCACAAGGAUGUUAAAAGCGCUGUCAACUAUUUCCGAAUUGUGGUCGAAAAGAAAAUUGUGUCGAAAGUCCCUGACAAUAUAACAAUCCUACUCGAAUCUGUGAUACAUAUCGAUAGCAUGUUGGAUUCCUGCCUGAAGUUACAAGCAUCGGCGGGUCUAAUGGAAAUGCGAAAGACGAUGCAAAGCUGUAUAUCGAAGCUUGUUAAAUGGGGCGAUGAUGUGUUGAUAAAAUCCGCGAUCAUGCUCGAUAUUGAAAAAGGACUAAACCACUUGAAUGCUCUGGAAAAGUCCAUACAGGAAUUGCACGAUUCGGCAAUCCCUCGGCUUCAGAAAGCGUCUUUGAAUCGGCAAAUUCGAGACUCUGUUUUGCUCCUACAACCCGAAGAUAUUUUGUCUACGAAAGGCGAAGUUGUGAAAACGAAAUUAUCCAAGUCACACUCGGAUGGCAGUCUGAAAAGUGUUCUUGAAAAUGGGAAAAAUGGCGCACUCGGUGCGGAGGAGAAUCGUCGCGAUUCCGGUAUUAGUGAGCGAAGUGCAUAUAGUGAUAAUUCCGCCACGAGCGAGUCACCCCCUGUAUCGACCCAUUUCACAGAUUCUGGGACAUGUCUGUCUGAGACACCAAGUAUUACAAGUGUCGAAGAUAGCCCCCUAGCAGUACGAGCAUGGUCCCCUGCGACACGAUCGUUCCUCGACGAACCACCGUCCAGUCCCUUGAGCCCAUUUUCCCCCCGAAGUGUGGGGUCCUCUCGAGAAAUGGCGUUUUCGUCUUCUACCUUGUCAAGUAGUACUCGUACGGUCAGUAAAACCACCACCUACCACCAGACAUCGCAAUCUCAAGCAACCGAUUGGAGCAAAAAGACGGAAAAGGUAACACAGUACAUGCACGAAAAUCAACAAGUACAGCAUCACCAAUAUUGGAACCACAAUUCCGAAUCUCGUACGGAAUCAAUUUCCAGUUUCGGCUCGAGCACGAUCGACCGCGGUAGCACAGACUUGUCCGAUUCACAAUCCAUAGAGGAACUUGACGAGGUUCCUGAAAUGAUCGGAGCAAGAUCAAUGGUGGAAAGAGCACAAUUUGUGAGUUCAACCGAGAAUGCAACCAGUUCGAAAAAGAAAGCUUUCCAAGUUUAUAUCCAGGUGCUAGGCGAGUACAAGAAACCAACCGAAGAAUUCUUAGAACGGACUAUGUCUGUCAAUUCCGUUUAUGAUAAUUACCAAGAUAUGCGGAACUUUACAGUAGAGAAAAUGGCAAGUGCUCUUGGCGACAACAAGGGUACGACUUUAAUCCAUGCCAAAAUCCCGUUAACUCAAAAGCCUGACUGGAAACAACCGUUGUCCCCAACCAGCGACUCCCGAAAGACAAAGUCGUUAGAUUACAGGAGUUUACCUAAGAUGAAGAUAAAGUUACCUCCCAUGAUAGGAGACGAGAAAUUGGCACCUCCGGAUGUGUCAAUGACCCACGCCACAAGCGAGUCCAGUUUAAGCAGCAGCAGUGAUGAAGAAUGUACACCACCCUUGGAUUCUCUAGAUGUAAGUAAGUUUUUGGUAUUUCGCGAGGAACCUAGCGGCUCGAUACUGUAUGGAGGUGUUGCAGAUGCACUAAUUGUACAUGCAACAAACUCUAGCAAAAAAGACUUUGUAUAUUCAGAAGCUUUCAUUACUACAUAUCGAGCUUUUAUCACUCCUCAUGAACUGAUUAGUAGACUAGUCUAUCGAGGACAUCGUAUGAAAGAGAAGCAACAUAAACGUGCUGGUAACAAUGCAUUUCUCCUGUUGUUAAGAGUCAUUGAUGACUUGGUUGCUCCAAUUCCAAAAAAUAUUUUGGAUAUGCUUGUUAAAGAAUCGCAUCAUUUGUUUUCGAAUGGUGAGUUAAUGUUCGGGAAGAAAGUGCGUGAUCGUAUUAUCCCGAAGAGCGAGAUGCAUUAUCACAUGGAUAGCAUUACAUUUACGACAGCGGAAUCAGUAGACAGACAUUGCUCAAUAUUUUCGUUUCACAGCGAAGAUAUUGCAAGGCAGCUAACUAUCCAGGAUGCCCAGUAUUACAGUCGGAUUGAGAUCCCGGAGAUUUUGUCGUGGGGUAAAGCCCAGAAUGAAGAUUUGGCUCCGAACCUGGCUGCAUUUACGGAGCAUUUUAAUCAAGUGUCAUACUGGUGUCGUACAUACAUCUUAUCAUUCACGAAAGUUCAUGAUCGGGAGAAAGUGUACGCGAAGUUCCUCAAGAUCAUGAAGUUCUUGAGGAAGUUCAACAACUUCAAUUCGUUGUUGGCAAUAUACUCGGCGCUCGACUGCUCAGCAAUUCGACGACUGGAGUUCCCCAAAGUUAGUACUGAAUGUUUGGCACAGUUCUCAUCACUGAUCGAAAGCGAAGGUUCGUUCCGGAUUUACAGAGCAGCUCUUGCUCAAGCCAAACCACCAUGUAUACCGUAUCUUGGACUGAUCUUACAAGAUGUCACAUUCACAUACAUGGGCAAUAAAGACGAGCUCCCUGAUGGAAAAGUGAACUUUUACAAGUGCUGGCAACUCUUUCAAAUGCUGGAAGAGUUCAAGAAGUUUAGAAUCAGCAAAUACGAGUUUGACAGGGACCCGAAAAUAAUGGCGUUCUUUGGGGGAUUUCAGAAUUACUUAAAUGAGGAUGAACUUUAUAAUCGCUCAUUGGAAUUAAAACCAAGAGCAUCCUGAAAUCGUUGGUGUGUCUUUGAAAGGUAUUUAAGACACCAAAUUAAUAAUAAUAUAAUAUAUACAGUUUUACGAACUGUCCAUAACUUUGAAAUAGCGCGAGGCAAUUUUAUAGAAAGAAAAACCAUGUCUGAAUUGAAACAAAUUGAAUUGAAGGUUUUUCGUAAACUAUGAAUUGCCUCACGCUACUUUGAAUUUGUGUACCAAGCAUUUUAAAGAUUUGACAUAAUUUGCAUGUUGUUUUGUAUUAUUUAAUUUGCAAAUUUUUAAAGCUGUUUUAAGGCUCAAAUUUAUGUACAUAGACACAGAGAGGACUUGCAAACUUAUUAAGGUUUUAAUAGAAGUAUGCCUUAUUUAUAAAUAUAAUUCUACGUGGUAUUUUUACACUGGAACAAUGACUUAUUAACAGAGACAUUUAUGCAAAAACAAUUUUUAAUGUAAGCGUGCUGACGGAAUUAUGAGCUUUACAUAAGAUGUAAAAAUUCUUAUUUUUAUACUAGACAUAGUAAAUUAAUGACAGAGCAAGUGAGAGAGGGCAGUCUUUCACUACAAAAUGCACCAUCUGUUUUGAAAUGUCAUGAAAUGUUUGAAUUUAUAAUACAUAUUUGCAGGCUGAUACAUGAGCAUCUAUGAUGUCACAGUGUAAAACAUGCAAACUUGUCAAAAUUUAAAACAGGGAGAUUUCUCUUUAAAACAUGCAGACUUGUCAAAAUUUAAAAAGGGAGAUUUCACUUUAGCCCUUUAAAAAAUCGAGAGAUUUUAUAUAAAAUCGAGAGAGCUAAAAUAAAGUCAAAUGCGAUGUUUAAUACAACAUAAAUAGAAUCAUUUUCCCUUUAUAAAUUGACAGGUCUGAAACAUGUUAAAAUUUCCUUGAACAGGCAAGAAACUAAGAUUUAACAGCUAUUCAUUGUAUUGUCAUUGUAUAUUUACAAAAUCAAUAUACAAAAUUGAAGUUGCCCAAAGCAUGAAGGUGCACAAUUAUCAGUGCACUUUCUAUCAUUGAUGCAAUGAUCAAUUAAUGGAUAAUUUGCCUUUGUUGGCUUUGAUAAAAAAUUUGGUUUGUGUUUAAUAGUAUUGGUCAUGAAUUUUGAUAUGCAGUUUAUAUUCACAGACCACAAGUAUAAUGAUUUAAUAGGAAGUUAUUUCCUGUUAUUUAACAACCAGUAUAAACUAAAUGUCAAACUGUGGUUGCCUAUUGGAAUUGAUACAACAGUGUGAUUUUACAUUUCGCAUUUACGCCACAUGUGUGGUAUUCAUGGGGUAUUUUUGUGACCCCAAAACUGCCAAAAGUUGGUCUGGUACAGAUUUACCUGGGCCAGGGAUCACUUUUUUUAUAAAUGGUGAUGCAUUGUCAAUAUGCCUAUUGAAUUUUAGCCCUUACCCCAAAUUCUCGGCCAUUAUACCACUGCAUUCCAAAAUUUUUUGUCUGACCUUCUAACUUGAGGUCAAGCCAAACUUAUAUGAUAUAGAUGCUUUGCAUUUUUACAAACAACUUUAUAUCCAAAAUCUGGGCAUUCCCACUUGUUCAGGAAAUGGCUUAAAUAGUUGCUCAUGUAAGCAGCCUUUCGUCCAACUGUGAAUGUAUACUCUUUGAUCCUGUAUUAAACAAAUAGUUUAAUAUAAAGAACCUAUUCAAAGGGCCGGUGUACAAUUAUGUACAACACAAGCAGAAUGGUGCAAUUUGUCCAAGGAUAUAGUUUACAAUAGUCAAUAAUAUAUCUUGCAAAUAUGAAUUUCGACAUAUAUAUAGUUAUAUAUUAUAAUAUGUACAGUUCAUGUUGAAUAUAGUUUUAAACAUUGUGUGUUAUUAAAUGUAAUAAAAGUCGCGU